AUGGCCACAGCUUCUGCGGAAGCCGGCAAAGGUCAGGCCUGCUGGAAUGUAUUCCCUGCCGAAUGGACAGAGCGCUUGCGUUUGAAGUAUCCACAACCGUUGGUUGCCCUAGAGCUGCUUGAAAGUCCAGAAGGCUUCGAGGAUGUUCUUGGAGUCAUUUCUGGUAAUGAUAUCCUGCAGGCGGCUUUGAUGCGGGGACGGCUGCAAGCACUACGUAAUCAGCUGGUUGUCAAGCGGAAAAUUGCGCAAUCACAAGUGAAUGCGGGGUUCAAGAAGCCUCGUCUGCCAGUGUACCCAUCUGAUUCUUCGAGAGCACAAGAGACUUUUGCAGUUGCCGCGAAUGCACUGGUCCCUUUUAUACGAAAGCAUGGGAAAUCUGGCUUGGGCAAGUCUUUGCUGGCUGUGGAAGAGGAUCCUGACAUUCUUGAGUCCAGGGAGCGCGAGCGGUGGGUAGAAGUACUCAGUGUUUACAUCAUUGAUGCCCAGUUGCCCGUUGUCGCCUUGAUUGAAGGUUCAGAAGAUCGUCGUCAAGCCUGGCGCAGGGUGUUCGGAGCCCGGAGAGCCAAGACCUUGAGGAAUCGUGCAAGAUCCUUUAAGCAUUUUCGUAUGUGGUUGGAGACAGUCAGGGGUUUGACCUGGCCAUCACGCGUGUCAGAUGUUACAGAUUAUCUGGAGGAACGUUCGAAGGAUGGAUGUGGGUUCAGUGUGCCUGGGGAUCUUCUGGCUGCUUUAUCUGUGCUGGAGUCUGUGGGCAGGGUCCACAUGAGGGACAGGUUCUCCUCUGAUGAGACAGUCAAGGCCGUGGCACAGUCCAUUACCGAGGAGCUGCAGAGCCGGGCGGCCCCUCGCCGCCCCGCAAAGCUUUACACAACUGCCAUGCUUCUGGCUUUAGAAAUUCAUGUUCUGGAUGAGGAUGCCUCUUUAUUUUCUCGAAUCAUUGCUUGGGUGAUUUCAUUGCAACACUGGACUGCCAUGAGGGCUGACGAUGUGCAGUGGUUGGAUCCUGGGCGUAUGACGCUUACCGAUAGCGGCCUCUCAGGAGUACUUAGACGGACCAAGACCACGGGUCCUGGCCGCAGGGCUCGGGAGGUGCCAGUCUACGUGGGCCGCGAGGUCUCGCUCUCAGGGAAUGAUUGGUUGCAAGUGGGUUUUGCCCUGUUCAGGCAGCCGGAGGUUUUCUGGGAGCGCAUGUAUUUUCUUCCUUUUCCUUCAGCAGACUGGACUUAUGGGGUCAAGAAGCAUAUGUCGCCCGAGAUGCUGAAUGUGUGCAUCAAGCGGGUACUUGCAGAGCUGUCUGUGCCGCAGCGGGGCGAACAUGCAUGGGUCAAAGGUUCCAUGAGCUUGCUGCCUCAAGAGUUGUUGCCUUACUGGUCUGGUCAUUCUGCAAGACAUUGGCUGCCUUCCUGGGCGGCCACGCUUGGGGUUCCAAAACCAGAUAGAGACUUCUUGGGAAGGUGGCAAGCCGGGGCGCAUGAGAGCAAUGAGUACAUCGUCACCUCACGGGAGGUGGUGCAUCGUGUGCAGAUGCAUGUCGUGGAAGGUGCGGUAGUGGGCCACGCUGGUGUUGAUGAGCGUCCACUACUGAACGAGUUGCAGGAAUUUGCAAACGCACGCGGGGUCAGCUUUGCCAGAGGGGCAGCCCGACACCGUGUGUGGCGGACGAAUGACUCUGGACAUCGUGGCUUGUUACUGGGGUUUCCACUUGAUUACGAGCAUAUCACCGAGGGGCUGGACGUGGAGGCGGCCUUGGAGGUAACUGUGGAAGAUGAAGAUGGGUUAGACCGGGAUGUUUCGAGCUUUCCUUACUGGGUCUCCAUUUCGAGGCGUAGUCAGUUUCGACGGCUUCACGCCAAGGACAAAUGCGGAAUCAUGCCUUGGAGUGUCUUUCGUGCGGAAGGUUUCAGAAGUGUCGAUUCUGCCAAUGCUGAUGCGUGGUGUAAGACUUGCUGGAAGAAGGUCUCUUGUGAAGAGGCUGCGGCCUCUCAGGAAGAUUCAUCCUCGGGAUCCUCUUCAAGCACCGAGGUGGAAGAGCCUGAGCAUGCGUCUCAGGAAGAGUGA